GGCAGGAGCUCUCCAGGGCUCGGUGCCUGACUACACCAAUCCGGCCCACACUCCCUCUCCUUCACCUCCACCUCCACCUCCACCUCCACCUCCACCACAACAAACAUCCAUAUCCAGACAUGGCGCCGCACCGCAAAGCCCGCGCAAACCAGACCCAGCCGCCCCCGCAGCCGUCGGACUACGAGACAGAUGCGCCGCCUGCUGUCGACGUGCCCCUCCCACCGCCGCGGUCAAAUGAGGAGCUCAACUUCUCCGUCCUGCGUCGCGAGUACGCCGACCUUGUCGCCAUAGAGCAUGUCACGCCGUAUGCCGCGCUGUAUACCUUCAACCUCGAGACGCAGUCAUGGGAGAAGAUGGGCAUUGAGGGUACUCUCUUCAUUUGCCAGCUGACUCCCUCGCCCAUUGGCGCUGAGCGAUACUGCGCCAUCAUCCUGAACCGCCGCGGCCUGGACAACUUCUACCAGGAGCUCACUAGCAGUGAAGAGAUGGAGAUAUCCGACCCCUAUGUCAUCAUCCAGGGCGAGCACGUCUACGGUAUCUGGAUCUUCGCCGACCCACCACCUGCUUCCACCGCCAAUUGCCGUGUUGAGACCGCCGCCAAGAUGAUGGACAUCGCCGACAGGGCAAGAGCGAGCCGCGAAGCCCUUGAACCUGCCGUACAAGCGAACGAGCCUGCCGAGGCCGCCUCUUCUGCCCCGAUGGGCCGCCAACUGUCUCUGCGAGAGCUCUUCGGCCAACAACGCGAACAAGACGCUGGUUUCAGCAUACACAACCACAACACCCAACAUAUGCCGAGCAUGCAUCAGCAACAACAAUACAUGCAGAACCCUGGCAUAGCACAGCCUGACGUGCUAGGUCAGCUCUUCAUGAAGGCAAAGCAGAAUCACAAUGGCCUUGGCUGAUGUGACUUUACUCCAGGUGCUGUGCAAUGGAAACUCUUCGGUCAUCGCGAAUUCUCGCCGGCAGAGUUGCAGUCAGACGACACGCUUGUGCCUUCUUCGGAGCUCGACGCUCAAGUCAGAUU